AUGGAGAAGUAUCUGUCUCUGAAGAGCCUUAGUGAAACAGCCGAAUGGCUGAACUCCAGCUCCACACUAUGGAUGACGGAUACCAUCUUGGGCAUCCUGUGUGGACUGGUUCUCUUCCUCCUAUUCCUCCCCUGCCUUUGGGGAUUUUCACCCCCACCACCUACCAAUCAGGAAAGAAACACCAAGAAGUGCAACGUGGAGAAGCGGAGGCCCAAGAGCAAGAAGAAGACCUGUAGAGAUAGCGGGAAAGAAUUGGAGGCGACUCAAGAGCUGCUUUCACUUCUACAAAGCCGACUGGGGCUGGCCCCUGACAAGGCCUCUUUUCUUCCGCUUUUUGGUGAAGACACAUGUCCUCGUGGUAAGGUAUGCCAAAGAACACCUUCUAGAGCCACCCGGCCACACGCUUUGCGUGGGCAAGAUGCUGCAUCCAUCGUGCCCCCAUUGGCUUCCCCGGCUCCUGUGACUGAGUGCCCUCUACCUCUGGCCUCCACCCUGUCACCAGGCCCAUUGGCUUUCCCGGCUCCUCUGACCAAGUGCCCUCCACCUCCGGCCUUCAUCCUUUCACCAGACCCAUUGGGGUCCCUAGCUCCUCUGCCAGAGUGCCCUCCGCCUCAGGCCUCCACCCUGUCGCCAGGCCCAUUGGAUUUCUCGGCUCCUCUGACCGAGCAGCCUCCACUCUUGGCCUCCACCCUAUCACCAGGCCUAUUGGCUUCUCCGCCUCCUUUGGCUGAGCACCCUCCACUGCUGGUUUCAAGUCUGUCACCAGGUCCAGCAACCUCCUCAGGUACCAUUAGUCUGCACUCAUCGCUGAGUGCCUCCCAACCACCAGGGCCUUUGCUCUCCCUACUUGGCCUUUCACCUAGGCCCUUUGCACUCUCCCUCCCUCCACUACAUGCUAUUCCUCCUGAUGGCUGCCUUGAGCCACCAAAAGUCUUCUCUGCUCCACCAGUGCCGGAAUCCAGUCUGACUCUCUCUCACUGGGACUCAGUCGCACUUCCACUGAGCACGUUCAGACAGAACUCUCCACAUAAGCAUUUUUUGGCUUCUCCCAUUGCAGCCAUUGCAGGCCUUAGUGGCUCAAAUUGUCCCAUUUCAACCCUGUCCUGGUGCCAGGCGCCUGCCAAAGCCUGGGGCCUCUCCACCUUAUCCGAUGGCAAGUCCCAGCAAGGGCACCUUUCCCACUGCACAUCAGAGACCUCACUCUGGAGAGGCUCCACAAAUGGGCAGGUGGAGGCUGGUAGCCCCUUUUUACUUAGCUCUGAUAACCAGAAGCUCCUGGAAAUCCAAGUCACAAAUGGAGUCAAGAUCAACAUUUGGGAGGAAAAAGAAAAAGAUGCAUCAUUUCCAGGACAAACUAGCCCAAAAUGCCACUUAAAAUCUUUGAAGAAUAUCUUAAAGUCACAGAAUGCUGAGCAGAACACAACCACCUCCCAACCCUUCUGGAGCAUGGAAAAUAAACUGCAACAGCUGCCAAGUCCUGAGAAACUCUCCUAUCCCAGCAUCUUGAAGGACCAUUUUCAACAGAAAUACAGCCAGCUUUUCUGGGGUCUUCCCUCAUGACACAGUGAAUCUCUAGUCGCUACUGCAUGGAUCUCUGAGACAUCUUCCAAGCUGCAGCCUCCCUUUUAUUUAUUCAAUGGAAUCUCAAAUGUCUGCCCAGUUUCAAUGCAGGCUAAAAUGUCUCCACUGCUGUCCCACCUGGAGUCCCAAUCUCAACCCUCAACUUCAUCUCUGUCCCAACUUGAGUCUACGUCUGACUCAGAUCCAGUUAAACGCACAGGAUGGUCCUCUCCUAAACAACUAGAGAAUGGGCAGGUUUUGCCCCUUGAGGAUGAUCACAGAUCUCCGGAAGUCUUUCGUGUCUACUCUUCCCAGGACAACUUGACAUCCACCUCUUCCCAGGACAACUUGACAUCCACCUCUUCCCAGGACAACUUGACAUCCAUUCUUCCGGAGAAUUUUCCAAUCAGCCCUGAGCUGCGGAAGCACCUACAGCAACACAUUCAAAAGUGGCUCAUUCAACAGCAACCAGACCUGGGAAGAACCCAACAGUCUCUGGAUGUGCCCCUUCAGGAAAAAUCACCAGAGACUGGUCAGGAAAAGGGCAUACAAGGACCUUUACGGUCUUCUUUGUCCAUGGGUGGAAGCAACAAGGAUGUCCAAAAGGUGACAUUCCAUCUUGAGAAGGCCCCGGGUAAAAAUCUGGAGAAAAUUCUGGGGAAAGCUCCAAAAGAUUUAUCUAGCAGCAUUGAAUGUUUCCCCAUGAAGCCUGUGGGGGCAAACUCUGAGAAUUCUGAAAGGGACUCAAUGACAACUUUGAGGAGAAACUCAGGAAAGUUUUUACUGGCAAAUGGAUAUAAGAAUUAUUUAGAAAAUAUUUCGAAAGCACGUAUGGACAUGUCAAGGCAGACCAAAGAGGAUCUAAUUCCUGUGAGUGUGCCUCAAUCCUGGCAGCCCCCAGCCCAUGGUUAUUCUGUCUCUGACACCCACCUAGAAAAUAGAAAUGUUCUUGGCUCAAAAAGCUGGGACACCUAUAUAAACACUUCCCAAAUCUUUUCUUUUCUCAGUCCACGUAUGCAACGGGAUCUUGCAGAACAUAUUGCAAGGUUUUGGGUGAAGCACAGAUGGAGCUUACCUCUCAAGGUCAUCAAGCCCAUAGAAAUCCUUAAGUUCCAAAAAGCUCAGUCCUUGCCCCUUCCACAGAGUCCCUCUCGCCCUGCAGCCACCCAUGAAUCAGAGCCCAACUUCUUGGAUGAGCCUCAGGCAGUUAUGAGGAGGAUGACAACAAAAGAGUCAUUCACCAUGCCAGCAAGUCGUUUUGUUCACUCUUCUCUAUAUAAGGAAAUCCAGAAGGCCUCACAAGGGACCCCACCUAGUCAUGACCAUGGGGCCUCAGAGUCCCCCCUUCCUGGAAAGGAGAGCAGGCAGCCUUCUCCGCCCGACACAUUCAGCCCCAUGGGCAGAACCCAGCAGAGCAGAAACUUAGGAUCUCCUAUGAGGACUGAGGAGACCAGGGCAUCUGUGCCACAAUAUAAAAUCAUCUUGGGACCCAGUAAGCCGUCAAGCCUCCACGUCAAGAAUGAGAAUGAGAAUAACUUAGAGGCUCCCAGAAGCAGUAGAAGCCCUGUACUCCCCAGAGUGGCUCUUUCCCAAGACCCAGAAGAGCUCUGCCUUCUGGCAGAGGUCAUUAGUGAGUUUGAGCCCAGAGGGGCUGCUAAGUCAGAGACUCAGCCUAAUGUCUGUGGCACCGCAGUCCUCCUUCCAGACCGUUACACUAACAUACUUCUUGAUACAAACAGUUUGACUUCGCAGGAGCCCCAGAGCUACCUCCAGAGUGUGCCUAUGGAACAUAAGACAGCUUCCCAGAUACUGGGUGAGUUCAUGGCAGCCAGGAGGAGGAGCCUGGGGCUGCAGGAGCCCAAUACCCACAAAUAUUCAAGCAAGAAUCAAAGCAAGAUGUGUGCACCUGCUUACAAGAGUGAGUGCAACAGGAAACUUAAUGCAGACAAGAAUAAAGAGAAGUUUGGAGAAUUGGGAACCUGCCAACGUAGCCAGGCCAAGGGAACAGAAGUUGGCCCUCAGAGUCAACACUAUCAGCUCUUGGCAAAGAGACAGGUUCCUCAGAAGAACAACCCCAGAAAAAGCAUCAAGAAAUGUUUUCAAUGGAUUAUUCGCAAAGCAAAAGGCAAGCCAGCAUUAUGCAAUACCCAGAAACCAAAACCAAGGAAAACCAAACCAUGUGUGGACGGCAACACCACAGAAGCCCAUGGGCUCAUGUCAGCUAUGCGACAGAUGCUAGAACAGAAAAUGCUACACCAGAAAUUUCAUGCCUCGAAGAUAAACCAGCACAACCAAGCCCUGUCUGUCCAUUUGCCUGUCACUACAGGGCCAGAAAAUAGAAUGCCAAUCUAUGCAGUCUGUAAUCAACAAGCCAUCCCCAAGUGCCAGAGUCAUCCCAUUGGGGAAAAGGCAUUCCCAGACCUACAGACCUUGAGAAAUGGCCAAUUCCAGAGUGGCCUAAAGCAUCCCCAACUCGUGCUCACCAGGAAGGCUUCGUCCCAAGAUAGUCCUUACCAGCAGGGCUCAAGACCUCCUGGCACCUCCAGCCACUAUUGCCACUGCCCAAGACUCCAGGGCCACAGAGCCACAGAGCAGCCUGAAGUUGACCUGGAGGUGGGGGAGAAGAUUGUGUGGUCACAGGGUGGGGCAGUAGAGGGGCGUGGCCAGUGUGUCCCACUCUUCACCUGA